AUGAGUGCGCUACCAGUUUCAGCACUGACAAUGACAUAUAAUUGUUUUAUUAGUACACCGGUGAAUCGGAUCCCCAUCAUGGCAAAACAAGUGCUGGACCUUUACUCGCUUUACAAGCUUGUGACUGAGAAAGGUGGUCUUGUAGAAGUCAUCAACAAGAAGAUCUGGCGAGAGAUUACUAAGGGCCUCAACCUUCCUACCUCCAUUACCAGUGCAGCUUUCACACUUCGAACACAAUAUAUGAAAUAUUUAUACCCAUAUGAGUGUGAAAAGCGAAGUCUCAGUUCUCCUGGUGAACUUCAGGCAGCUAUCGACAGCAACAGGCGAGAAGGUCGGCGACAGAGCUAUGGAACAACCUUAUUUAAUUACUCCCCUGUAGGAACACCCACAAUACUCACCUCUCCAAAACUUCAGAUGCCAGCACUAACCAUUAACACUCACAAUGGCAACCAGGUUAAUCAAGUACUAUCAUUAAAGAAAGAAGAUGGUAGCUUGCCAUCAAACAUUUCUAACCGAAUAGCAGUUCCCAUGUCUGUAGGCGGUCAUCAUAUAACUGCAGUGCAGGCAGCAGCGGCAGCCCAGGCUGCAGCAGCACAGGCAGCGGUAGCACAGGCAGCAGCACUAGAGCAGCUGCGGGAAAAAAUGGAAUGUGGCGAGCCUCCUGAGAAGAAGAUGGCAUUAAUGGCAGAAGAGCAACACCGCCUGAUGCAGCACACACUACAGCAAAACUUGUUGGCAAUGGCUACUCAGUUUCCUAUGAAUAUCAAAAUCAAUAACAGAGAUGACAGACAAGAAACUGCAUUGAACCUGUCUACCAACGGCAUUAGCAGCAUCAACAUGUCAAUAGAAAUAAAUGGAGUUGUCUACACAGGAGUUCUCUUUGCCAGAAGACCAGUUGUUCCAGUGUUGUCUGGUGCCAAUGGUAGUAGUUCUCAGGGCAAGUCGAGUCCAGAGAGGACACAGAAUAGGCCUUCACCUUGCUGUUCAUCCUCUUCUUCUUCAACUUCAUCACAGAGUCAUACUCCAGCCAGUGCCUCACCUUAGAAAGCAGACUCAAGACUGUGCAAACAGGAAACUGCAUUUAGUGUCCAUUAAGACUUCUAAAGGUUGUUGGAACGAAUGGAAUGGAGACAUCCUUGUGUCAUCAAGAACUCAGCAUUUUGCCACUGUCAAGCUUAGAGACUGUUUAAAUGUUACAGGAAACCUGACUUGUCAAAAAGAUGAUUUUUCUUCUGCAGUUGGACAUUGGCAGGUUUCAUUUAAGCAAGACAAGAUUUGAUGUGGAUGAGAAAAGUUUAUUGAGGCUAUAUACUGACUAUUCUCCACAAUGGUGGUGGGGAAGAAGCAAUCAUAUUUGUAAAAAAAAUGUAUUUUCUAUUUAUAUCACAACCAGACAUUUUAAUAGUGCAGCUUUGGCACUGCUUGCAGUACAUCAGUUAUUUGCUUGUAGGUCCAAUUGCUUUCUGGAAUUUCUGUAUUUCCAACAGACAGGCAUGCCUUUAACGUAUCUCAUUUGGUCUGCCAAGCUCACUUUCUUAAAUAUAUACAUGAG